AUGACAGAUAACCUUCAGUUGUAUUCUUCGUUGAUAUAUAUUUCCGUCACUUUUUUGGAGGUAAAGUCUGGUUAUAUAACAGCUACUACUACUACUACUACUACUACUACCAACACUACUACUACUACUACUACUACUACUACUACUACUACUACUACUACUACUACUACUACUACUACCACUACUACUACUACUACUACCAACACUACUACUACUACUACUACUACCAACACUACUACUACUACUACUACUACUACUACUACUACUACUACUACUACUACUACUACUACUACUACUACUACUACUACUACUACUACUACUACUACUACUACUACUACUACUACUACUACUACUACUACUACUACUACUACUACUACUACUACUACUACUACUACUACUACUACUACUACUACUACUACUACUACUACUACUACUACUCACACUACUACUACUACUACUACUACUACUAUGGUGUAUACUACUUGCAACAGAGCUUAUAAGUAG